ACCCGUGUGUGGAGUGGACUUUAUUUUUUAUUCUAAAUCUCGUGUGUGCAAUGUUGCGUUUUUGUGUUGUAUUUGCGGUGGUCGGCUGUGUGCUAGGAACCACUGUCGCUCAGUACCAAGUACAGCAGGAAGAAGGUAUACCACCACACCUGCUGAGACAGUACAUUGGCCAGGGACAGCAGCAACAUGCUCCACGACCGCAACAGGCUGCACCAGCUAGACUUCCAUACAACGCGCAAAGUGAAGAUCAGUACCAGGCGCGUCCUCAGUACCAGCCUCAGCCCCAAGCCCAACCACAGCCUCAAUACAGACCCCAACCCCAGCAGCAAAGAGACCCAGAAGACUAUGACCCUAGCCCCUCCUACCAAUUCGGUUUUGACGUGAACGACGACCAAUACACAAACUACCAGAACAGAAAAGAACAGAGGGACGGUGAUGUCAUCAAGGGAUCCUACUCUGUGGUAGACAGUGAUGGCUUCAUCAGAACUGUCACCUACACCGCUGACCCGAAAGAGGGCUUUAAAGCCGAGGUAUCUCGCAAACCCACCGACAUCGUAAUCAAGUUCCCCACACCCAAGCCGCAGACGCAAGAAGUUCAACCACCCCAAAAGCAGCAGCAAUACGUGCCACAGCAGCAACAGCAAUACGUGCCACAACAGCAACAGCAAUACGUGCCCCAACAGCAACAGCAGGCUCACCAGCAACAACGACCACAGCCGCAACAGCAACAGUAUUACCGCUAUGAAUAAAUUUGCAAUUUCGGUGUACACUAGUAAUGAUAUUCUCAAAAGUAUCACAAGUAUUUACGGUCAAUAUAAAUUACUUAAUUAUAAAAACUUAUGAAAUGAUUUCUAAUUCCGUUUCCUCUCAUAAUGUUUCUGUUAUGAUAUUAUUUCGAUUGACCGUAAAAGAUUUUAUUUCAAGUUUAAUUCUUAAUUUAAAAUAAUAUAUCUUAUUGACUAAGUGUGCAUCUAAAUAAUUGUUAUCAGCUGGAAAAGUCCUUUUAUCUCUACUCAUUUCUAAGCAAUACCAUCUUUACUCUUAAGUCAUAUACUUUUUUCAUUGUCAUAAUAAUCAUUAUUAGAGAUUCAUUCGCUAAGUGCCAAAUUAAUGCAUAUAUAAAUUUCAUCAUAUUAUUUUCCUUUCAAUUUAGAGCCCCGAUAAAUAUUCUGCUAUUUCUAAUGCCAUAAUCAAUAUGAAUCCAAAGUCAAGAGUCCUCUUUAUUCAUUUCAAAAAAUGUUUUAUUCAUUUUCACUAAAUACUUGUAUAUUUCAAUCAAGGAUUUUAUAAUUCGUCUAUAGAAUUUUAAACAUUUGGUCGAAAAUAUAUCCAUACAAUGUUUGAACUACCGUUUAGUUUGCAUAUUAUAUUAUUCUUCUCAGAUUUCCAUAUAAAAAUUAUUUGAAUUUAGAAUUGUAUAAAGCAUACUAUAAAUAUAAAGCAUGCUGUGCAGAAGAUACGUUCUUCGAUACAAGUUAUUUUAAGUAGAGAUACCUUCCUAUGUAUAUUCUUAGAUUUUAGCUUUUAGUCUGCGAACUAUUAGAAUAAGAAUUAGUCCAAAAUGUUAAAGUAAUUAAUAAAUUUAUUUAAAAUAUGUUAAAGCUUGUAUACCGCACUUUAGAGUUGAAUUAUGUUUUCUGUAUGUGAUAUAAGAUCUUGUUAAUAAAAUGUUUUAUAAGUA